AUGUGGGAUCUGCUCUCUAGAAUAUUGAUUCUGGGGCUUUUGUUAACCUCAGGGACGUGCAAUGACAGCCCCGACGAUGACAUACCUCCCACUACUACCAUUAUAGACGUUCUCUCGAGCAACGCCAACUUCAGCAAAAUCCUGCUCAGUCUGCAGCGCAGCGACCUGGUCGAUUACAUCAACGAGCUGGAGAAUGUCACUUUUCUCGCUCCAUUGAAUCUAGCCUUCGCCGAGGACAAAUUGUACCUGAACCUCUUUAAAAACGACGUCUCACGACAUAUGAUCGAUCAGCCAGUGGACGCUAACGACGUGUGCGGUUUGGGAGUGUACCGGACACUGCUUGUCAACACAUCGUUGGUGGCCGAAGGCGUUCAGCAGCCAAUCCUGCUCGACAAUAGAGACGACUUGUUUCUGGCUGAUAACGCGAUCGUCACCGAGCAGUAUGAUGUGAGGUCGAGCAACUCGGCUGUUUUUGGCAUCUCCUCGUUUUUGGAGCCCCACAAGUCUGCGUGUGAGUUUUUCGCAGACAUUGCGCACGCUGAUCCUGUUUUCGCACAGUACCAGAUCAUAGGACGAUUAUUUUCCGAUAACGAUUUUUGUGCCACUAGGAAAAUCACCAAUGUCACCUUUUUGGUCCCCUCCGACGCCAGCGUGGGCCUUAAUGAGAUUGAGCUAAACUACCUAAACACAAACGAAGGUUUGGAAGAUAAGAUCAGGCUUCUUGAGUCGCACGCUGUUGCUGGCAUCUGGGGAGGCCAGCUAGAACCAGUCACCAUUAGAACUCUGGCCAACCAAAAAAUCCGUCUUUCUUCCGACUCAGAAGGAAGCAACAUCAAAGUGCAGAAUACAAGCUCCACGUUUGCGAAUUACCUGCUUUCCGACGGCAUUGUUCACCUGUACGAUUCGAUUCUCCUAGAAGACUCUAUUCCCGUCUUCACUCCGCGCAAGUACCUUCUGGGACUGGGUCUUGCAUCUGUGGUGGACCAGCUGGACUUCCAUAAACUCUCCAGUCUCAUCGACGACCGUGAUGUCAACCAGACGAUUUUUGUGACAGAGAGUACCGAGUCGACGGAAUCGAAAAGCUCGCUGCUGUACCAUUUCGUCGACGGCAAGAACGAUUUUGAGCACGACGAGCUGCUCACCACAAAGUACUGCUCCAGCUCAGUCUUGGGCCACUGCCAGAAGCUCAAGGUCAUAAAACGCGGCGACCAAGUGUCUCUUAACAACAACGUCUUUGUCACAUCUCCCAAAAUCCCCGUCGGCAACACAUACAUAUACUACGUCGACGAGGACCUCUCGCUGCCGCUUCCGUUUCAGCACGCCGUCUCGCCGUUUUUGCGGUGCGCCAAGAGCAUCAAGCUGUUCCACGACUUUGGCCUGCUCAAAUUCCACAACAAUGGCGGUCUGGGAUACACGGUUUUUCUUCCGAACGCAGACGCGUGGCGGGACCUUGAUCUCGUGCUGGACUAUCUCUAUGCGAACCGCGACGUCAUGCUGGAGAUUCUGGGAAACCUUGUGGUCAAUGGCCUGAUCUACGACGACUUCCAGGGCCCAGCUACCCUGACUACGUUGCUGGACAAACCGCUUGAGGUGGAGACAGAUUCAGAUACACUCUACAUAAACGGUACGGCAGUGGAUGUGUCCAUUGAGUCUGAAGUGCUUUUUGACAAAGGAGUGGCCCAUCCAAUAGGCAGUCUCGUGUUCCCUGCCACAGUGCAGAUCGGCGUGCCAGAGCUGCUUUCUACCGUCGAUGGCGAGGAGUUCCUCAAGGUGCUUAAACUCCUGCGGCUUGAUCAUCUUCUCUACGAGGAUUAUUCGUUCAUUGUGCCGAGCUCGCGCUCGAUGAGACUGGAGAACUUCACGUCAGAGCUGCCCAACCUCGCCAGACUCGAAAAAUUCGCUCGGUUGCACAUUCUGCCUGCGGGAGGCAUGGAAAAAAUUAUCGAGUGCAAUGACACCAUCCCGACGCUGCUGGAGAAUGUGCACCUCUCGUGUCGCGAGCUCACGUCGGGCAUCUCGAUGUUGCGCGUACGCGAGGGCAACGACCGCGAGGUACGCAUUUUGCGCCAGGGGCUCGCGAUUAAUAGCCUCGAUACCACAGGCAUUUUGCUCGUGGACCGGUCGAUCAACCCGGACUGGCUGAGCGGCUCGAAGGGCCCGAUCCACCUGCACUUGCCGUUUGUAGCUCUGCUGAUCGGCGUCGUGAUUGGCAUGCUGCUGCUGGCAAUCGUGGCGUCGUGUUGUCUGGUGUGCUCGGUUGGCAAGCAGGCGCCGGUAUCUGGCGAAACGGCUCCUCUGCUGCGCCCGCACGAACGUCUCGAAAACCACACGCCGUCAAGCUCGCCGCCGCCCAACGAACCCGAGUCGUACUCAAACUACUACUCUACACACUCGUCCUCAAGACCGAUCGACGUGGACCAGUCGUGA